AUGGGGAGUUGGAUUGGACAUAUUGCACCCGGUGUAUUUUUUAUUUUGUUUGCUUUAUGGUGGCAUAUAAAUAAUUGUUUGUGUUAUCUGAGAACACUCGGUAGUGGAGCCAUUGAAAAAUCAAGACAGCAACAAGUUAAAUUUCGAGGAUCAACAACAUAUCCAUGUGACUGUUUACCGAGUAAAACUCUUCGUCAACUGCCUAUAGAAAGUAUUUUAAAAAUUCUCAUAACAUCCAUUCAUUUUUCAAUCGAACUUAUUACUGGUUACUGCAGAGAACCAACACCUCAUAUUGGAGAUGAAAAUGCUCAUCAUACAGCAAUGCUUUUUGGUUUUUUUCUUGGUUCUUGGAUUGAAAUACUUGUUCAUUAUAAAUUUUUCAUACCAAAACGUAUAACACAAGUCAUGGGUUUCUUAGCUUUUGCUAUAGAAGGCUUAAUGAUGGCAUUUCAUUUACAUGCUCGAAGUAUGGUUGAUGCUCAUAUACAUCAAUUACUUGGUUUAACUAUAAUAUGUUCAAUGAUUGGUGCCUUAUGUGAAUGUUUUGAUCCAAAUAAUUUUUGGUUUAUUGUUGCACGAAGUUUUUUUGCUUUGACACAAGGUACAUGGUUUAUUCAAGCAGCAUAUGUCAUAUGGCCUGCGACAACAAAUCCAUUAUUUCUUUGGGAUCCUGAAUCUCAUCGAUCAGUUUCAUUAUUAACAAUGUCAUAUGCAUAUCAUUUAGCUGGUAAUGCUUUUAUAUUAAUUAUUGUUUAUUUCUUAGUUUAUAUAUCAAUAAAAUCACAUGUUAAAUUAAAUAAUGAUGAAAUAGAUGAUGAUGAAAAACUUUCGGAUUAUAAAUUAAUUACAGAUGUAAAUGAUGAAGAAAAUUUUGCUUAA